AUGUUGACCAACUGGUUCUCCCAACCCGCCGGCAGUGCCCGGUCCUCCAUCGACGAUGACGGCAGAGUCGGCGAGCAUGAUGACGAUGCCGAAGUCGUCGAGCCCGACGAGGGCAACGCCGAGGCAGAUGGGGAGUUAACAUGCCUUGUCCUCCAAGUCCUCUCGCACCUAAUAUCCCAGCUACGGCCCGGCGCCGAUCUCAGUCGCGUCGUCCUGCCUACCUUUAUCCUCGAGCCUCGGAGCAUGCUCGAGAGAAUAACAAAGUGGGUUGUCACUCCCGGUCGGCUGCCUCGCUCUCCCCGCUCCGGGCCCAGGCUAACCAGCGAUUUCCGUUCCCUGCGCAGCUUCAUGUGCCACCCGGAGAUGCUGCUGAAGAUACCCACCAUCGAUGAUCCCACCGAGCGCUUCGUCUCCGUCGUCAAGUUCUACCUCAGCGGUUGGCACAUCCGCCCUCCCGGCGUCAAGAAACCACUGAACCCCAUUCUUGGCGAAGUCUUCACCUGCUACUGGGAUCUCGAGCAUCAAAAACGGGCAUACUACAUCUCGGAGCAAACCUCUCACCAUCCACCAAAGUCCAGCUACUUCUACAUGGCACCUCAUCACCACAUACGCAUCGACGGCACCCUGAAGCCCCGAAGCAGGUUCCUCGGCAACUCGGCCGCCAGCAUCAUGGAAGGAAUCGCCUUUCUCGGCUUCCUAAACAGAGGCGAGGACCCCAACAAGGGAGAGCAAUACAUCAUCACGCAACCGAACAUGUACGCCCGCGGCAUCCUGUUUGGAAAGAUGAAGUAUGAGCUUGGCGACCACAGUUUCGUGCGCUGUCCCGAGCUCGACUUGACGGCCGACGUCGACUUCAAGACCAAAGGCUGGGUCGGCGGCACGUACAACGCCAUUGGCGGCGUCAUCAAGAAGGAGAGCACGGGCGAGAUCCUCUACGAGCUGUCCGGCCUGUGGAGCGACGAGAUGUUCAUCAGGGAUACCGGCCACAAGGAAAUGUUCUUCGACGCGACAAAGUCCACGCCCAGCCCUCCGAGAGUCCGUCCCAUCGCCGAGCAAGACGAGCGCGAGUCGCAAAGACUCUGGGAAAAGACCGCACGGGCCGUGAAGGAGCGCAAUCACGAAGUGGCGACGGACGAAAAGACCAAGAUUGAAGAUAGGCAACGGGAAGCGGCGGCGAGCAGAGCGCAAGAUGAUGUCGAGUGGCAUCCGCGCUUGUUCCGGAGAGUCCGGGGCGGCCCCGGAGGGCCAGAGGAGGGCGAGGAAGAUCUCGAGUGGGUCAUCAACGCCACUGUAGACCCGACGGCGACGCCUGAGAGGCAAACCGAGCAAGUCUUGGCGAUAUACCCGAUAAUAGAUGGCCAGAAGCUCGAUGAAAGGAACACGAUCCCGCCUCGACAAGCCGCCAAACCCCCAGCGAGAGACGCGAAGCCGAGCGGGGAAGGGACGGACAACCUCAUCGACUUUGGCGACGACGACGCACCUCCCGCCCGCGGAUCCCUUGAGGUGCCUGCCAAGCAGCCAGCGAAGCAAGCCGACGACAUGGAUGAUCUGCUUUCGUGGACGGGAAACCCCGCCGCGGGGCCUCGCAACGGCUUCGCCGAGGAAGCGAAAAAGGAUCUGCCAGAGCCGGUCGUGGAAGAGAAAUCACAAUCGUGA